CAGGAGACGUGCCCUUGCUGCAGAAAGCCCAUUAACGCGUGCAAGAUCUAUGUCAUGUUCAGACUGAGCAAGUCGAUUGGACACUUGAAGAUAAAGGUAUUUGUGCAAGAAUGAGGCACGUGGCUGUGCGGUGACCUUCCCCCUCUCGGAGCAGUAUUGCCACAAAAUGAGCUGUUUGUACGAGCUCGUCCCUUGCCCGUACCUAGGCUGCAACGCUCAGCUCCUGCGCUGCGAGCUGGACACCCACUCGCGCCACUGCGACCACUGGCGCGAGCCCUGCCACAUGGGCUGCGGCACCAUCUUGUCUCAGCGCACCCGGAGCGAGCACAACUGCUACAUGCAGCUGAAGCAGCAGUACAAUGACAGGAACAAGGACUACGGCGUCAUGGCCGUCGCCCUGCAGAGGAAGAUGAGGAGGAUGCAAAAGACGAUGACCCGCAUGGAGGAGCAGAUCAAGUUGAUGUGCGGGAGCCUGGAGGCGUCGGAGGACGCCAACGAGGCGGGGGAGGGCGCCAACGAGGCGGAGGACGACGUCAACGAGGCGGAGGAGGACUUGGGAGAGGGCAGCUCCAGUUCUGCCGAGUCGUCAAGCGGCGACAGCACCAGCUGAGAGAAGAGUUCGGGCUGCUGUGUUUGUACAUGUGUUCAUUUCAUUGCUGUUGCCAAAUGCAUUUAAUGGAGGGAGUACCAUUUACAUAUUUAUAUUGUAAAUAAAAUAAGGGUGAACUAUGGAUGGUUCAUCUUUUGUUUUGCA